CCUACUUGCAGCCACUCCCCUUGUAACCUUUUCUCGCCAACUAGCGUCAAGAAGACCUCCCUCCCAAACGGCCACCCCUUUUGGCCGGAGUCAAACGCCUAUAAAUCCCCAUCGCCCUUUCCAAGAGGGAGCUUGCAGUGCCCACAAAAGAGUGGGAAGAGAGAGAGAGAGAAGAAAGUUGGAAAAGAAUAAGCACUAAAGAGUCAUGGGGAGGUCUCCAUGCUGCGAGAAAGCCCAUACCAACAAGGGGGCAUGGACUAAGGAGGAGGAUCAGCGCCUCAUCGCCCACAUCCGAGCCCAUGGUGAGGGUUGCUGGCGCUCGCUCCCCAAGGCGGCCGGCCUCCUCCGCUGCGGCAAGAGCUGCCGCCUCCGAUGGAUCAACUACCUCCGUCCUGACCUCAAGCGCGGCAACUUCACUGAGGAGGAGGACGAGCUCAUCAUCAAGCUCCAUAGCCUCCUCGGGAACAAAUGGUCUUUGAUAGCUGCAAGGCUGCCAGGGAGGACAGACAACGAGAUAAAGAACUACUGGAAUACGCACAUAAGAAGGAAGCUGUUGAGUAGAGGGCUGGACCCUACAACCCACCGGCCGAUCAGCGAGCGUGCCUCCAAUAUAACCAUCUCCUACGGGAGGAGAGAGGAGAAGGGUGCUGUGUUGUGGCAUAUGGAGGAGAGGAGCAGUAGCGAGGAGUCGUCGGCAUGGCAGCGGCAGCAGCAGCAGCUGAAGUGUCCGGACCUUAAUUUAGAGCUUUGUAUAGGCCCUCCCUUCCAGCAAGAACCAGUAGUAGUGGAGCCUGUAAGGAGGAAGGGGAACCUUUGUUUCAGCUGCAGCUUGGGGUUGCACAAGAGCAAGGAGUGCAAGUGUAACCACGUCCUAGGCCUCAGCACCGAAUACUAGAUUAUAGAAGCCUUGAGAUGAAUUAAUAGGGCGAGGAGUAUUUUAAUUACACUUCGGAAUUUUAGAGGUUAAGGGGAGAGAAGGGAGGACAAACUUAGAGCUUGCAUCUUGAUGAGAGUCUAUCUAUUUCCUCUUCUAUUUUGUAUAAUUAUCGAUAUAUAAUACUAGAUGUCUCUGAUUAUUCAUAACAAUUGCAUGGAUU